CAGUCUGCUAGCUAACACCGAAGACGUGUUAUGAAAUUCUCAAAUCUUCGGUUUUUAUUGUUGCCUAAGUUAGAAUACAAGUAGUUAUUCUUUGUUUCAGUUAUCUUCGACGUGAUUAUAAUAUUUAAAAAAUGUCGAGCGCAGUGACGACAAAAAUUAUCGAAACUAAAGUCUACGAGGGCCAAAAGCCGGGUACAUCCGGAUUACGAAAAGCCGUACGAGUUUUUAUGCAAGAACAUUACACGGAAAAUUUCGUACAAGCAAUAUUACAAGCUCUUGAAAAACAGUUGGUUGGUAGUACGUUAGUCGUGGGUGGCGAUGGAAGAUAUUAUGGAAAAGAGGCGAUUGGAAAAAUUAUCAGAAUCGCUGCUGCUAAUGGGGUAAGAAGAUUGAUUGUUGGACAAAAUGGGAUAUUUUCAACGCCAGCUGUCUCUACUAUAAUAAGAAAAUAUAAAACACAAGGAGGAAUUGUUCUAACAGCAUCUCAUAAUCCUGGUGGACCAGAUGCUGAUUUUGGAAUAAAAUUUAAUUGUGAAAAUGGUGGCCCUGCUCCAGAUCAAGUCACAAAUAAAAUUUAUGAGAUUACCAAGUCAUUGAAAACUUAUAAAAUUGCUUCUGAUAUAAACAUAGAUAUAGAUAAGAUACAAAGUACUACCAUCCAGGUGGAUGGAAAUCCAUUUACUGUAGAUGUAAUAGAUUCUGUGAAUGAUUAUUUAGAACAUAUGAAAGACAUCUUUGACUUUUCAAGUAUUAGAAAAUUACUUCAAGAAAAUAAUCCUCCGUUUAAAGUUCUUAUUAAUGGAAUGAAUGGAGUUACAGGACCAUAUAUAAAACGAAUAUUUAGUAGUGAAUUAGGUGUUGAUGAUUCGAGUAUUGUUAAUGCAGUUCCAUUAGAAAAUUUUGGAGGACUUCAUCCAGAUCCAAAUUUAACGUAUGCCAAAGAUUUAGUAAAUGCUGUAAGAGAAGGACCAUAUGACUUUGGUGCUGCUUUUGAUGGGGAUGGAGAUAGAAAUAUGAUAUUAGGCAAAAAAGCUUUCUUUGUUACACCUUCUGAUUCACUAGCUGUAUUAGCUGCUAAUUUACAUGCAAUACCAUAUUUCAAAAAGACUGGUGUUAAAGGAUAUGCUAGAUCUAUGCCUACAGGUGCUGCUGUAGAUAGAGUUGCAGCUAAAAAUGGCAUUAAACUUUAUGAAGUACCUACAGGCUGGAAAUAUUUUGGUAAUUUAAUGGAUGCUGGUUAUCUUUCACUCUGUGGAGAAGAAAGUUUUGGAACUGGCUCUGAUCAUAUCCGUGAGAAAGAUGGAAUAUGGGCAUGUCUUGCAUGGCUUAGUGUAAUUGCAAAUCUUGGAAAGUCUGUAGAGGAAAUACUGAUGAAUCAUUGGCAAACAUAUGGAAGAAAUUUUUUUACAAGGUAUGACUAUGAAAAUUGUGAUUCUGAAGCAGCAAAUAAGAUGAUGCAGUAUAUUGAAUCAGAAAUACAAAAACCUAGUUUUGUGGGUUCAAAAUUAACUUUUGGGGAUAAGACGUAUGUUGUUAAAUUAAGCGAUAAUUAUUCGUAUGUAGAUCCUGUUGAUGGAAGCCAAGCUACUAAACAGGGAUUACGAAUACUAUUUGAAGAUGGUUCCCGUAUAAUAUACCGUUUGUCUGGUACAGGAAGUUCUGGCGCUACUAUUCGCGUAUAUGUUGAUAGUUACGAAAAUGAUCCAGCAUCUUUAAACAAAAAUGCUCAAGACGUUCUUAAGCCUUUGGUUAAUAUUGCUCUAGAGAUAAGUAAAUUACGUGAAUACACCGGUUGCGAUGCACCAACUGUGAUUACAUAACACACAAACAAUUUAUCAUUUAACAUUUAUUUUAUCGAAAUAUUUUCAAAAAGAAAACGAUAAAAAUCAUUCAUAUUAUGAAAGAUUCAUAUAAUGGCUAUGUUACGUUUUGUUGUAUUAUUUACAAGUGGUGUUAUACUCAGCAAUUAUUACAUAAAAAGUUAUAUAAACAGGUACAGUAUGUCAACUAGAAGUUUCAUAAAAUCCUUAUUGAUAUCAUACACGAACAAUUACAAUAAUUUUUAGUAAAUAAAAGGAAAAGAGAAUUUAAUAUCGAAAAUGUAAAUGGUGAUAUGAUCUUUAUAAAACCUCUGAUAUGGUUAUUGUGUUUUAAGAAUGAUUAUUUAAUGAAUCAAAAAUUGCGCGGCGUUAGUAAGAUCUGUGUGCUAAAUUAAAAUAUUAGAAAGUCUAAGAUCACGUGUAUUCAAUAUGUGGAACCAUUGUGUUUGCAAAAGAUGUUCAAGCAUGCAAGAGAUGGACAUAUUUAACCCUUCGGUGUUUGUAUAAUGAUAUAACAAUUUUCGCAAUUAUUCAGUUUCUAAACUUCUCAAUCAAAUUAUGAAAUGUUGAUUGUUAAGCUAUGUCAAAAAAUUAAAAUUAUUUAGAACAAUUAUGAUAUUCGUCGAAGGGUUAACAAAAAAAAGUGUAACUUCAAUUAUCAUUGAAUUAUAUGUCUUGUUAUAAUGAUUGAAGUUCAGUUAAGGUUUAUGCUUGUUUAAUAAUUAAUUUAUUUAAAAAGGUGCUUCUUUGAACAAGUGAAAAAACGCAACUGUAUUUCGUAUAAGUUUCUCUCAACUGUUGUAAAUAACUGUACAAUGUUUAGAAAACCUAUUUUAAACAGAACACGUUGAAAAAUGUACGCAACCUGACAUUUAUUUAAAAAAAAAACAAAUUAAUUUAUCCAAAUUUUAUAUAGUGAAAAUCAUAAUAUUAAAUAUAAAUUAUAUAAAACUAGUAAAAUGUACUUAGUACAUUUUCUACAUAAAAGAACAAAAAAAUGACAUAUGUAUAUGAAAUUUAACUUGAAAUAUAUUUUUUGUAAAUAGUAAUUAUGUUCCAUUGGAAAAGGUUAAUUGCUUCUGUGUUAUUGCUGUAUAUUAUUGUUAGCCAUUUUUUUAUAUCAAUAAUUAUUUCGGAUAUGUUGUAAUAUAAUUUUUUUAGUUUUAUUCUCUACUUGUCUUUAUAGUGUAAAUGAAUUAUAAUAUAUAUAUUUUUUGUUCUGUCGUUUAAUUAUAAAAUGGAAUGUGAAUCGAUAAAUUAAAAAGAAAGCAGGAAUGCGUGUAGAAAUCACCGUUUCAAAUUUCUAAGAAUCAUGGUAAAGAUAUUUUCGGUAACGUGAUUGAUGAAAUUUGAAACCAUAAAUAUAUUUAAUAUAAAUUGAACAUUAAUGAGGUAUUUGGCAUAUCAUACUUGCAUGCACAUAAGUCAUUACACAGAACUGGAAUAUAGAUACAAUAGUGAUAUAAAACAUAAACGUUUGACUGAAUUUGAUUUAUUUUGGAAUAUUAUCAAAUAUGCCGAGUAUCUCAUUAAAAUUAAUUAAUAGAAUAGGAUACAUUAAAAAUUUGUAUUAAACAUAAAAACAAUAGUAAGAAAGCAACAAUAUAUAAUUUGUGAAAGUGAUGAUGAAAGAUACAAACAAGAUCAUUGAUGUUUAUAAUUGAUGCGUUUGAUGAAACAAUUAUUGCAAAUGUAUUAUAUAAAAACAAUUAUGUUAUGUAUAUACUAUUUUGGUUGAUAUAACGUUUCAGAAAUUCGUAUUAUAUCCAAGAUACAAACGAAAAUUGUGAAACGAAUAUUGUGUAAACAUUUAAUUUCUGAAAAGGUACUGAUUUCAUAUAAUAUUUCUUUAUAUAUCAAAAAAUACAUCACUCAUUCUAUGGAUAUCUUAUUUCAUUUUGAAUAUAAUAAUAUCUUGAAUGAUGGCAGUAUGCAGCAAUAGAUAUUUGAGGAAAUGGAGUGUAUUUUUAUAAAAUGAAAUUAGGAGAUUGUACUGAUAUACUGGUGAAAAUCAGUAUAGCAUGAACAUAUUGUACUGCAGUACUUUUGAGAGAAUUUCAAUGAGAAAUUUUGUAAAUAGUUGAAGAAAAGGAGGAUACUUGGGGACCUGAGCUGACACAAAACCCAUUCAUUUUCAUAGUUACGUCACGAAAAAAUUUAAAAAAGUAAAAAUACAUUAACCAAUAGUUAUCAGAAAUAAUCUAAUUUACAGAUAUGUGUAAACACAUAUAUAUUGGAAACGCUUGUAGUGUAACAGGAAUAUCUAAACAAGUUUUUUUUAGAUAUAAAUGGGUUAUUUUUAAGAUACGAACUCUUAUUAUUUUUUGUGAUGUAACAUGAAUAUAUAAAUGUGGUAAUAGUGUCAUAGAGACCAGCAAUGACUGCCGAUUUUAAUGUAAAACUAUUAACUUGUAACAUGUGUAUCAUAUUGAAUAUUAAUUAUUCAUUGUAGGUAUAUGAAUGAAUGGUUUCCCACAAACAAGUGAUCUUAGAUUUUAUAAUAUUUCGAAUAAUCAAAAAUGUGUAUUGUCAAUCUUAUAAAUUAGUUCUUACGAGUUUUUCAAAUUAGGAAAUAAUAUUAACUUUAGAAGAAAAUUUAGAAUAACAUUAAAUUCUGGAAUAUAAACCAUAUCAGAGAUACAUUUGAGCAUAACAUUUUUUAUUGAAUCAAUAAGUUAUCAUUCUACUUAAUUAUAUUUUAUAACAUACGUUCAUUGUUAAAAUAUAUAGCAAUUUCUAAUGACAUACUGAGACAUUAAUUAAACAACUGGCAUGAUUACUUUGAUAAUUUGUAAACACUUUAGUAAUGGAAUAUAUACAA